AGAAUUGGGAAUUGCGAUCGGUUGAGCCGGUAAAUCCAAACCAAACAAUGACCGGUUAAAGCUCGAGUUGUUCUCAUCGACGCCGAAGAGAAACAAAAAGCCCAGGAAGACCUUCCCAUCAGAGGAAGCAAAAUCCCAGAAAAACAAUCAUGAUAUUAGCUGUGUUGUUCGCCAAUUCCCAAGGGAACAUCUUGAUCGAAAGGUUCAAUGGUGUACCAGCUGAGGAGCGGCUGCACUGGCGAUCUUUCUUGGUUAAGUUGGGAGCUGACAAUCUAAAAGGUGUGAAAAACGAGGAGCUCCUCGUUGCUUGCCACAAAUCGGUGUAUAUCGUGUACACAGUACUGGGGGAUGUAAGCGUCUUUCUAGUAGGCAAAGACGAGUAUGAUGAACUUGCUUUGGCGGAAGUGGUCUUUGUCAUCACUGCUGCGGUUAAAGACGUAUGUGGAAAACCGCCAACAGAGCGUCUGUUUCUGGAUAAAUACGGAAGAAUAUGCUUGUGCCUUGAUGAGAUCGUAUGGAAGGGACUUCUGGAGAACACGGACAAAGACAGAAUCAAACGACUCAUAAGAUUGAAGCCUCCGACCGAGUUUUAAUUUGGCCAGUUUGGCUUGUCGCAUCAGAGAUUCUUCUGCUUAUCUCUAAUCGGGUUGAUUGUAAAAUCAGUUUAUUUCCAGUUCAGUUGGAGAACGACUAUUGCGGUUGUUUGGCGAUAUCUUGAAUCCUAAAACCUCGUUUCGUUCAUGCGAAGAAGCUGAACAAAAAACACAGCAUUGGGAUG